AUGUCGGAUGGUAUGGCAGCCGGUGAGAGGCGAUCAAAUCUCAGGUUGCUCAGGACGUCAUUGAUUCUGGACCAAGGCGACACACGCACGACUCGCCAUGGAGACUGUCUCAGACUGUGUACUUACAACGCGAGAACAGUGUCCACAGACGCUGACCUACAUGCCCUUCUCGGAGCUGCAGAGCGUAUCAAAUUUCACGUGAUUGCUCUGCAGGAGACCAAGUGCAGAAGGAGCGAUGUACCACAGAUGAAUGGCGGUACACUCGUCAUUCGUGAAGAGAAGGUUCCGUCGCGAAAUGUAGGCGGUGUUGGUUUUGUUGUGCAUCCAUCUGUCGUCCAUCUUGUUGAUUCUCACGAAACCCUGUCACCUCGUUUGGCCAUUCUCCGCCUCUGCCCUCUGCGCCAAAAACCCAUCAGUGUCAUCAACUGCUACUCACCAACAUCAGCAGCUGAUUAA